AUGCCUCGCAAGCUCAAGUACCACGAGCAGAAGCUGCUCAAGAAGGUUGACUUUCUCGACUGGAAGCAGGACCGCAACCUCCGCGAGGUGCGGGUGCUGCGCCGCUACCACGUGCAGGACCGGGAAGACUACCACACGUACAACAAGGUGUGCGGGCUCGUGACGCAGCUGGUGACCAAACUCAAGGCGCUCGAUCAGCGAGAUCCGGUGCGAACGGAGCUGACCGAUCGGCUGGUCGAGAAGCUCUACAGCCUCGGGCUCAUCCCGCAGAAGCGGCUGCUCGCCUGCUCAAAGCUGCCCGCCUCUGCGCUCUGCCGACGGAGACUGCCGGUGGUGCUCGUGCGCAACCGGAUGGCGGAGACGGUGAAGGAGGCGGCGGAGCUGGUGGAGCAGGGACACGUUCGGGUGGGGCCGGAGAGCGUGACCGACCCCUCCUUCCUCGUCACCCGCGCGAUGGAGGACCACGUGACUUGGGUCGACACGAGCCGCAUCAAGCGGACAGUCAUGCGCUACAACGAGAAGCUGGACGACUACGACUUGCUAUGA